AUGGAACCUGAAGAAAUCACCCUUGAGGCUGCUAGAAUCACCCCAGAAGUUUCUCCUUUAGGCGGAGAAGUCCAAAUUGAUUUAUCCUGAAGAAACCCACGCGAUAUUAUAGGAGCAUCUUGGAAGAUAUUUUAUAUUGUUGAUACAGUCAGAAGAAGGCAAACAAUUGAUAUGCUGAUGAUCGAUAAUCAAAUGUCGAAACUAAUUAGCUCCGCUAAUUGUUUCUCUUUCAGCAAUAUUUUGAUUAUGAGGUUCAGUUUCCACAGUGAAUCCUAUCCCGUCUACACCAGGCAAGCCUAGUGGUGGCUAUACUUCUGAUCCAAGGGAAGUGGAAGGCAUAGUGUUUUUCUGCUCGACCAAUCCGAGGAGGAUUGACCUUAAAGCCGGAACACGAGCAAGCCGAGUAAGGGAGCGAGGCAACGCAGCCCGUCGAAGCCGGGACAUUAAGCUUGGAACCAGUCCUGGAGAAACAAAGUGAAUCGACCCAGAAGUCCAUGGCCCGACUGGUGAAAAAGAUGGUGGUAGCCCUGGGCACAGUUAAACGAUAUAUAAUAAGAUAAGAUAUGCUGAUGAUCCCUAAUUGCAAUUAUUUAGCAGGGAAUAAUACACUAAGUGUGACUCUUCCAGGAAUUAAUGUAGAAGCCCUGAAUUUGUCAAAAUCUCAGGUAAUGACGACAGGGUUGCUGGUGUUUGCACUACGCCAAGGGGAAGAAGAAGCUUUGGCAAUCAAUAUGGUUGUACAGGUUACAAUACGAGGUGAAGAGCUACAGAAAACAAUAUUUAGCCCAGUAGAAGAAUAA